AUGAAGGCUUCUGUGCUUUCUGUAUCUUGUUACUUCGGGCUCCUCUGGACCCUCGUAGCUGGUGCCAGCAUCCCCAGAUACUUUCAGAAACACGCGAUCACCCGUCGUGACUUGACCAGUACCCAAGUCCAACAAGAGCUCGGCGGCCUGGUCUCCAACACCACCCUCAUCUUUGGGCCGGAUGAUCCGCGCUUCAACAAUGUUACUUCCAGAUGGACGGACUUUUCUAAGCCUCACAUCCAAGUUGUAAUCGAGCCUGGACUUGAAUCCGAUGUCCCAACAAUCGUCCAAUACUGCAACGAGAACAGUAUCGAUUUUCUGGCCGUCUCCGGCGGCCAUGGCCUGGCGGCAAGUCUUGCCACGUUUAAUGGCAUCCAGAUUGGUAUGCGGCAGCUCAACAACAUCACCAUCCAACCCAGUGGCAAGUCAGCCUGGUUCCAAGGUGGCCUCACCGUGCUCCCAGUCAUCCAAUACCUUUGGGACAAGGGCUAUGUCACCACCACUGGCGGGUGUGAGUGCGUCGGCAUGCUAGGUGCCGGUCUUGGGGGUGGCCACAGUCGUUACGAAGGUCUCGACAAUAUAUUGCAGCUCAAUGUUGUCUUGGCCAAUGGCUCCACCAUCCGCGUCAACGCAACGAGCCACAGCGACCUCCUCUGGGGUAUGAAAGGGCCCGGUCACAAUUUCGGCAUCGUCACGAGCUACGAGAUGAACAUCUUUCCCCGGGGCCCUGACACCUGGCAUUACCAUAACUACGUCUGGCGUGGCGAACAGUUGGAGACUGUCUUCAAUGCCCUCAACGUGUUUCAUGGCAACGACACUACUCCCGUCAGCAUGGCCUUCAACGCCGGAAGUUUCCUCAUGAACACACCAUAUCCAGUGAGGAGCCCGACCGCAGAGGAGGCCGAGAAAUAUCUGGCUCCCUUCAAUGCUAUAGAGGCCGUCUAUGAGGAAAUGGGCGACGUGCCUUACCCGCAGGUCGCCAAAGCGCAGGGCACCAGUAUGUCCGACCCCAUCUGCCAGCAUGGCAACGUGCACAGCACGUCGACGGUAUUUCUACAGGUCUGGAACGCGACGGCCGAGCGCCUCAUCUUCGAGGGCUUCAAGCAACGCGUGGCCCAAGACCCAGUACUUGCGGCCGGAGCCAACAUCAUGCACGAAGGCUACUCGACGGAGGGGGUUGAGGCCGUGGACUCCGCGAGCUCGGCCUACCCCUUCCGCUCCGACCGGCACCUGACGCUCUUCAACGCGAUUGUGCCGCACAAUGACACUGCCCGCGAGCAGGCGGCCUGGGCUUGGGCCGCUGAGGUCCGCGACCAGUGGAACGCUGGCCAGCCGGGACGGUCCAUGGAUGCCUACGUCAACUACGCCAACGGCUUCGAGACCCUCGAGCAGCGGUACGGCCAUGAGAGCUGGCGCCUCGAGAGGCUGCGGAGCCUCAAGGCCCAGUACGACCCCGACAACCGCUUCCGCUACUACAACCCCAUCAUCGUUGAUUAA